UUACGCGAUGAUGACAUGCAAAUUACAAGUAUCCAUCCCCCUUACCCGUCUCCUCUUCCUCGCCGCGAGAGAGAGAGAGAGAGAGAGAGAGAGAGAGGGCGAGAGAGCUCGGGAAUCGCAUCCAUGGCGAAGAAGAGGAAAUCGGACGCGGCGCGGCUCGAGGAAGCGGGUCGAGCGACGCACUCAAGCUUCUGCGGCGCUGCGAACGCGCUUUCGCAGCUCUACGCGCAAGCCAUGGCGCACCAGAAGAUCGCGUUACACGCCGGGGAGCGCCACGCCUUGGAGAAAAUAUAUCAGUGGAUUUUGGAUCAGCGCGACGAAGGAUCAAGCGUGGCAGUCGCUGAUAUAGUUGCUUAUUUGCAGACUGAAAUAGAUUACGAAACAGAGGACUUGUCAGUUCCUCCAGGCAUGCAAUUUCCCCAACAGCAACCUCAAUCUUCUCUCUCCUGUCCAGCGACUAAUGGAGCAGCUCCUCGAACAAGUCGCACUGAUCAUACGAAAUGUCCAGCUCUCUCAAAUGCUCUCUCUAGUCCUAAAAGCCAGAGCCCAGUGCCUUUUCACUUAGUCCAGUGUGGAAGGUACAACUUAAAUGGAAAUGGAAGUCGAGAUCAAGUGCUCGACUGUUCUAGGCUAAGUCAGGAAUUACCUAGCAAUCCAGGUUCCAGCAAUUCAGCUAUGGAGAUAUGCACAAAAGGAACCCAUGAACCAUAAUAAACUUUCUGAGGACAAUGCUUGUUCCAAAGCUUUGUCUCUUUCAAGAGACGGCAAUUUUACCUCUUCUCUCUUUCCUUGAACUGGAUCUCUGGGAAAACAGUGAAAAUGAUGUGAUAGACAUGUAAGAUUCGGCUUUCUCGUGUCGGUAUAAGUAGACAUUAAGCAUUUCACUCGCCAUACCAGACAGAUAAAGCGAUUCUAAUCAAGUUACUAAGUGGCUGGGUCUCCUCUUGGUCUUGAUGUUUGUAUAGAUUGCCCAAAAAGCACCCUAUGUGUCUUUUCGCAAUUUUUUUUUUCUUGAAAUUGUCAACAAUUUUGAUCUGAUGAACUCGUCAGCUUAUGUGAUUGGUGAUGAUGGAAGUGUGUUUAUAUAGUCUUUAAAUGCUCUGUAAAUGUUGCUUUGUGUAAUAUGCAGUGCUCAGUUUUGCGCGGUUGCAGGAGUUGAAGUUUUGCGCAGUUGCAGGAGGUGAAAUCUUCUCUCCUACCAAGGCGCUUCUUUUUUUUUU